AUGGUGGCCAUGGAGGAAGACUCUCUUCACUCACACGAUGCUAUAUGGGAAUGCCCAGCUGCUACUGAUGUUUGGGCUGAGCAAGACAGUCCUGUACAGAAGUGGAGUGUGGGGGUGAAGAGUUUCUACCAAUUGUGGGAGGAUGUGCACAGUAAACUCACAUCAGAAAAUGUAGAGAAAAUGGUUAUUAUUUUGAGGAACAUAUGGAGGGGGGAAGAUGCAUUUCAGGCUGAUGAUAAUGCUGGUAUUAAUAGAGGCAGGGGAUGGAAGAAACCAGAAGGCCAGCUGCUUAAAGUAAACUUUGAUGCAGCAAUAAAAGAGUCUACUAAAAAGUCUUUAAACUUUGAUGCAGCAAUAAAAGAGUCUACUAAAAAGUUGAGUCUUGGGGUGAUUAUUAGGGAUUGUAGAAGGGAGAUUUAUGCUGCAGCAUGUCUUACAAGAGAAUCGAGCUAUGGGGCUUUUGGGGCUGAAUGUACUGCAAUGUGGGAGGCUAUGGUUCUUUGUGAAGAAUUGGGCUUAGGUGAGGUCAUCUUUGAAGGUGAUGCAAAGAGUGUCAUUGAUGCAGUGAGCAGUGGUGAGAAGGAUGACUCUAGCUACGGUCACUUGGUAGAGAUUUUGCAGCAGAAACUGAACUUCUAUUCAAGGUGGGAGGUUGGCUUUAUCCAUAGGGAAGGAAAUGAGGUUGUCCAUCAAUUAGCUAAAAUGGCUUUAUGUAGGGAUAAUGAUAUGUACUGGGUAGAGGAGGGCCCUGAGGCCAUUACAAAUCAGUUGAGUAUAGACAAAAUGUAUACAGAUUUUGUUACAAGUUGA